GCGCCACCAUGGACGACGACGAAGACCAGUACGAUCUCUUCCUGAAACUGUUCAACGAAACCAUGAACAUGACCGACCCAAACUACGUGGUCAGUGAAACCGUCCAGGUCUGUGCGAAGAACAAUGUCAACGAGUUUGGAGCAAGAUUCAUCCCAGUCUUCUACUACGUCAACUUCGCCUUGAGUUACCUCGGUAACGGGCUUGUCCUCUUCAUCAUCCACAAGUACGAGAAGCUCAACACGGUGACAAACAUCUUCCUCUUAAAUCUGGUCCUUUCCAACAUCCUGUUUGCCUCCAGUCUGCCUUUCUGGGCCUGGUAUCAUCUGUCCGAGUGGAUCUUCGGUGCUGCUCUCUGUAAGAUGGUCAGUAGCGCCUACUUCAUCGGGUUCUACAGCUCCAUCCUCUUCCUCACACUCAUGACCUUUGACCGAUACCUGGCCGUGGUGCACGCUGUGGCGGCUGCCAAGAACAGGAAGCGAGUGUACGCCAUCAUCGCGUCGGUCGUGGUUUGGUGCAUCAGCAUUCUCGCAAGUGUGAAGGAGCUGGUUCUUCAGAAUGUUUCUAAGAACCCUUUAACCGGACUCAUGUGCGAGGAGACGGGGUACUCGAAGAGCACCAUGGACAACUGGCGCCUGGUCAGUUCCUAUCAACAGUUCCUGCUCUUCUUCCUCUUUCCUCUCAUCAUGGUGAUGUACUGCUACAUCUGCAUCACUGUACGUAUCCAAACCACCCGCCUGAAGGAGAGGUGUCGCGCCGUUAAGCUCAUAUUUGUCAUCAUCUUCACCUUCUUUGUCUGCUGGACGCCCUUCAAUAUCGUUGCCCUCCUUCAAGGUAUCAAGAUCUCCCAAUCCAGCCCAGAAGAAGACCGAUGUGAUGACAGUUUAGGCUACGCCCUGUACGUGACCCGGAACAUCGCCUACUUGUACUGCUGCAUCAGUCCUGUGUUUUACACAUUUGUAGGAAACAAGUUCCAGAGUCACUUCAAAAGACUGAUGGCCAAGAAGAUUCCCUAUCUGAGGAGACAUCUCAGUUGGGACAGCCAGACCACCAGGUCCACAUCCCAGAAGACCCCGUAUUCUGUUCACGAGUACUGAACACACCAUGUCUGACGAUCCAGCCUUGUGGUGGAACCUAGUACGACCUUAAGCAAAGCAAAUUAUAGUUGGCCCAAGAUGAAGCCUUGUGGUACUCCACACAGUGCAGAUAUAAUUAAAUGUACCCAUAAUUCCUCUUUAAAAACACCUGAAAUGUGUCAGUUAACUGAUAUGUGUACCUAAUGUUGUCUUUCUGCUGGAUUCUCAUACGUGCUUUCCUGAUAUGGACAAAAUGAAAAUCAAAAGAAGAGUGGAGUCAUCUGCAUAUCCUGUAAGACGUAUCCUGCCCAUGUAAAUGUUCAUGCUUACAAAUGUCGCAGUAAGGGCCAAAUCCACAAAAGGAUUGCGCGGCUUUUGCGGCCGCUAAACCGGUGCAAAUGAGACAAAAAGAGAGCGUCUAAUUCACAAAGCACCCGCAAAGGGGGAAUUGCACCACAAACUGCGCUGCCAAGCAAAUAGUGUCAUGGUGCGCAUGUGCCAUUUGCAUGCAUGUAAAUUAGGUAAUAUUCAUACAUUCGGUGCAAAAUUGCCCCCUUUCUAUGCAAGUAAGCCUCAUUGCAAAAAGCGUCUAAUUCACAAAGGCCAGCGCUAUUUGCCACACGAAAAAAUAGUUGAGCAAAUACCGUCUUUUCGAAACGUGUAUUAACUGCGUGCAAACUCACUCCUCAAGGCUGAUUUAUGGUUCCGCGUUACACCAACGUAGAGAUUACGGCGUAGGCUCUGCGUCGAUUUAACGCAGAACCAUAAUUCAGGCUUCACUCCCCCUCUGUCUCUGUUUCUCUCUCUCUUCAAUAUCAUUCAAGCCUGUGUGAUACUGAAUGAUAUUAAGGGUGAAAUCUACAGUCAGACAUGACUGUAGACACUCAGAUCAAGUGGGGUUGUGGACUUAUCUCGGAUUUAAAAAUAAAAAUAACUGGACGGAGCUCAGGAUUCAUCCAUACAGUAGGGGCUGCUUUAUUACAAACAAUCCCACCAUAUAAACAUAUAAAUCUAGAAUGUGUGUGUUUAACAGCUGACCUGUAGGUGUGUUUAGCAAAACACAGAACAUGACUUACCAUCAGAUCCUGAUCUGAUCCCGAUCCGGUGUUAAUGAAGUUACUGCAAAACUUUAUGGGCGUGUUUGGGCCGGCAUAUCAUUAGAGCAAAAUCUUUUGUGAAUAGGACCUUAAAGCGGGGCAAAUUGCGGGUGCAAAUGCGGCGCCAUUUGCAGGCGCACUUUAUUCUUUGUGGAUUUGACCCUAAUUGUAAGGAGUUUUGUUUCUAAACGUUUGGAGUAGUCGCAGAUCACUUACGGGUUUUGUUUUCUUUCACUGACAGUGAAGUUUAAGCCCAAACAGUUUCCAGAUUCUACUAUUGCAUAUGCUGUACAUAAGAUAUUUUAUGGCUCUGAGCGUCUGAAUGUUGUUUCCUAACAACCUACAAAUGUGGGACGGAUAACAGGGAACCAUUUAGGGCAGAAGCCCCACACCCGAACAUCUGGACAUCCGGUGUUCAAUUUCUUGUGUCCGGAUACUCUGUAACAUAUGUUUGUCAGCCUUUUUGUCAUUUUAAUGUAUCACCAAAAUAUGGUGAAAAUAAAAUGAAUGUAGCGCUUGAACAAUG